UUCAGGUGCGGUCCGGUCCGGUGCGGUGCGUUCCGCGCGUGGUUCUGCUCGAAGUGGGCCGAGGCGACCGGAUGGAGAAGCUGAGCUCGGCGACGACCGUCACUUACAAGCGCUGGAAGAACCCGGAAAACAACAAUCCCGAGGGGGGCCACGCGGGUCCUAAUGGGGAAUCGUCGCGUUCCAUGGAGGAAAGCUGCCAUGCGACCAUCGGACGCCGGAAGUCCUCCUCGCCAGCGGCCGACAAUAAUCCGACCCCAGAAAGUUCCUUCAGCCUGAACGAGGCCCUGGACGCCCUCGGCUUCGGAAGGUUCCAGUGGAAAUUGUUGUUCCUCACCGGCUUCUCUUGGGUGGCCGACGCCAUGGAGAUGAUGAUCCUCAGCGUCGUGGGCCCGCAGCUGCACUGCGAGUGGACCUUGCCGGCCUACAAAGUCGCUCUCGUCACCUCGGUGGUGUUUGCCGGCAUGGGGAUCAGCUCGCCCUUAUGGGGCAACUUGUCUGACAAGUACGGCAGGAAAAAGGGGCUGACCGUUUGUAUAUUUUGGACUUUCUACUACAGCGUCUUGAGCACGCUGGCGCCGGACGUUGGUUGGAUUUUGCUGCUGCGAGGCCUGGUGGGCUUCGGCAUCGGAGGAACUCAUCAAUCGGUGACGCUGUACUGCGAACUGCUUCCGUCCAAGGGGCGGGGCUUAGCCGUCACCCUGAUGGCGGCUUUCUGGUCUCUGGGCGCCGUGCUGGAGGUCCUCCUGGCCUUGUGGAUCAUGCCCACCCUGGGCUGGCGCUGGCUGCUGGCCUUGUCCUCCGCGCCGUUGGCCGUCUUUCUGUGCUUCUGCCCGUGGCUGCCCGAGAGUCCUCGCUUCGACCUCCUGAACGGAGACCGAGGCAAAGUCGUGGCGACGUUGGAGAGGAUCGCCCGAGACAACGGCAAGGCCUUACCUCGGGGGAGGAUCGUCUGCAGCUUCCAGCAGAACGACCGAGGGCGUCUCCGAGACCUUUUUACGCGACAGUACUACAAAACCACGCUUCUCCUCUGGUUCAUAUGGUUUUCCUUCGCUUUUACCUAUUACGGCAUCAUCCUGCUGACCACAGAGAUGUUCCAAUCCGGAGAUUCGUGUGGGGCCACGCAGGGGGCCAAAGCCGAACCGGCCUGUAGUCUGGAAUGCAAAUUGUUGACGUCGGAGGACUACAGAGACUUGCUAUGGACGACCUUUGCUGAAUUUCCAGGCCUGGUUGUGGUUCUGGGGACGGUGGACUGUCUGGGCAGGAAGAAAAGCAUGGCCUUGCCCCUCUUCAUCUUCACCUUGAGCAUCCUGCCCUUGUACACCUGCAUCGGCAGGACGACGCUCACCGUUUUCAUCUUCAUCGGCAGAGCCUUCAUCUCGGGCGGAUACCAAGUUGUUUACGUGUACACGCCAGAAGUGUUCCCGACGGAGACCAGAGCGUUGGCCAUCGGCACCUGCAGCGCCAUCUCCAGGCUGGGCGCCCUCAUCACGCCCUUUGUGGCACAGGUGCUGCUCAGGCAUUCCGUGUUCUUGACGCUGACGGUGUACUGCCUGUGCUCUUUCCUGGCCGGCCUCUCGUGCCUGCUGCUGCCCAUCGAGACGUCGGGGAGGGGCCUCCAGGAGUCCGAGCGGACCCCCGCGCUCGGGUCUGCCAAAAGGGCCACCUGAACCGCCGGCCGCUGCCCGUGCUCAAAGAUGGACUGGGGGAAAAAAAAAAAAAAGUUACAUUAUCCUGGACUGUUUACGUCAAUAUUUAUCUCUUUUGUUCAUUAAAUGCCAUUAACACUA